AGCAUUGUAGCCUGCUACUGCUCUAUCCGAGUCGAAUUCAUUCACGAGUGGCUUCUAGAGUAGUCUCGUCUGGAAGUGGGAGCGUUUUGAUUCGUCAGGUCUCAUUCAAUCUUAUUAUCCUGGGAGUGAGGCGGUGUCGCUGCCUCGCGCGGCUCGUCGCUGUCUGGGGGGAAAGGCAGUCGGCGAUGGCUCGCCUGGUUACUGGCGUUUCGCGAACGAGACGGAGCUCGUCGUCGUUGUCGCUCGUGCUAUUUCUUCUCGUGUUACUCCUGCUCUUCGCGAACGUCGCUCGCUCUGCUAAGAUCACCUUCAUUAGGAAGAACGGCAAAACCUUCGUGAUUAAAACGGGCGACGACGACGAUCUGGACGACGACGAUGAUCUAGAAGAAACGGAUGGCGAGGAUUCGAAGCGAGAGGGAGGAGGAGACUCGUCAGGAGGAGCAGCAGCAGCAGCGGGAGCCAAAAAAUCGCAGGCGAAAAGCGACGAGUCUGACGAUUCUGAUGGUUCCAAACGGGUCGAGGCGCUUAAAUCUGUCAAAUCGCCCGAGUCGGUAGCAGCGGCGGCGGAAGCGGCGGCGGCUUCCGCGCUAGCAGCAAUGGCGGAAGACCCCCUCGUGGAGAAGUACAAACAGGAGCCGUUGGAUCCGGGAUCCUGGCGGACAGCUGUUGAGAUGCCAUUGGCGGACGUGCGCCGGCGCGCGGAGCAGGGGGACGCGGAGGCGCUGUGGGCGCUGGGGGUGAAGCGGGUGGUGGGCGCGGGGGGGAGGGGGGGAGUGGCGCGGGAUAUUCCCAAGGCGCUGAUGCUGCUAGAGCGAUCCGCGGAGCAAGGGUUUGCGCACGCGCACUCCGCGCUGGGGUUCCUCCACGCGAGCGGAUACGGCGUUCCGCUGAAUCAGGUGAAGGCGUUUCUCCACCACACGUUUGCCGCAAAUGGCGGCAGCAUCCACUCCAAGAUGGCCCUGGGAUUCGCCUAUCUGCGCCAGCAGGAGUUUGAGCGCGCCGCGGCGCUCUACGCUGACGUGGCAGCCAAGUCCAUGGCGGUGAACAGCCUCCCUGGGCUGGCGCCGCUGAUAGAGACGGUGCACCUGAGCGCGGGGGGGGAGGAGAGCCUUGAGGCGACUAGAGGACACAGAGGGGAGGCGGAUGAAACCAUUCAGUUCAUUGAGCUGCAGGCGUCACGGGGGGCAGUGGAUGCCAUUCGAACGCUGGGCACGCUGUACUACUGGGGCGCGAGGGGCAUGCCGAGGGACCAUGUGCGGGCGUUCGGACUCAUGAAGAAGGCCGCGGAGAUGGACGACCCGCAUGCCAUGGUGACGCUGGGUGAGAUGCUCACGCAUGGGGUCGGAGUGAAGGCGAACUACGGCAAGGCCAUGGAGUGGUUCAAAAAGGCCCACGCCAGAGGGGUCGUGAGCGCCCUGAAUGGCGUGGGGUACCUGCAUUCCAAGGGGCUAGGGGUGCCUCAAGACUACCACAAGGCCGUGCAAAACUUCCUCACUGCUGCGCGGAAAACUCGAGAUGUGGACGCCUUGUAUAAUCUAGGCAUGAGCCACUUAAGAGGGCAAGGAGUGCGACGGAACCCCAGCAAGGCGCUGCAGUUCCUGCAGCAGGCAGUGGAGGGGCAACACGUGGGCGCCAUGUACCAGAUGGGCAAGAUGCACCUCGCAGGCACUGGCGUGCCCAAGAACGUGGUUGUGGCUGCUCGUCUGUUAAAAGCAGUUGCAGAACGCGGCCCGUGGGGAGUGAUGCUGCGGUGGGCGCAUGCCUGCUUCAUGUCGUCCACACAAGGCCCCUCUCUCUGGUCCCUCUCCCGCUCCGCCGCCUCCUCCUCCGCCUCCUUCUCCUUCUCCUUCUCCCUCUCCUCCCCCCUCUCGCCCUCCUCCCCCCGCUCCUCCUCCUCCGCCGCCUCGCCCUCCUCCUGGCCUGCGUCCUGCGACGUGGGCACGUCGCUAAUGCUCUACUCACGGGCUGCUGAGUUGGGGUACGACGUGGCUCAGGGCAAUGCUGCUUGGCUGCUGGAUAAAGUGGUUGGCAACUCUGUUCUCGACAAUGCAUGCGUGGGCCCUCCUCGCAACAACACCCCAUCAACGCCUUCCUUACUGGAAAAGGCUGACACGGCCAGCCAAGCAGUAGACGGUGGUGCAGCAAAUGAUGGGAGUGCAAGAGACGGGGAGGGAUCAACAACAGGUCAAGAGGGAUCUGCGGCUGUGGAGACAUCGCAAGCAGAUGAGGCAGGAGCGAUGGAGCCGAAGGGGAGGAAAGCAGAGUGAAGAGGCAGCAGGAGCAGCAGGGAGACCGAGCAGCAGCAGCAGUAGCAGCAGCAGCGGUGGCGGCGGCGGUGGCGGCAGUGGCGGUGGUGGCAGUGGUGGUGGUGGAGGUGCAAGCAGGGGCGGGUGGAGGAGGUGCAGUGAGGCGGAGAGGCACGAGAGGUCGCACCGCCUGUGGCAACUCGCAGCUGAGCAGGGCAGCGUGCAGGCGGCCUUACUGCUGGGGACGCCUUCUUCUAUGGAAGGGGCCAGGCGCGGGAUCUAGAGCGGGCAGCAGAGGCGUACUGGAGGGCGAGGGAAAAGGGCAGCGCACACGCCAUGUUCAACCUUGGGUUUAUGCACGAGCACGGCAUGGGCUGCCUAGGGAUCUGCAUUUGGCAAAACGCUUCUACGACCAGUGCAAUGUGGGCGUGUAUAGACUGUGAGAAUCGCCCUUUGGCCUCUGGCCGCGCAUGCAGUACGGCCACUACCCUGCCGUGGUGAGUGUUGCUGGUGGUGUUAUUUUCCAGCACUCGGUGUUUGUUCAGUGCAAUGUGGGCGUGUAUAGACUGUG